UGAAUAUAGCCGUGUAAACAAUCUAUAAAUCGGCGAUAUUACACAUGCAUGCCUCAGUUGAGCAAAGUGGCAUCAAUGAGAUCAAAUGUAAACAACAACUGACAUUUGACAAUUGGGUUUGAUGUUUUGUUUUUAAAUUUUCAGCGCACCGCGCCACCCAAUUUUGCACUUUUUCAAACAAAGUCAAUAUAUUUAUAUAAAAAUGGGUGAUAUUAUAAAUAAUAUGGAAGUUUUUAAAAAGCUGGACUUUGACUCUUCCAAUCAGUGGAUAUUCUACGAUGAACGUUUCCACAAAUUCUUUGAUUUCUUUGCAAAUAAUAUUACGGAUUCAAAUAUUCUAUUGGAGACUGAGAUUUUGGAUCACGAAGAAUAUGUGAAGCGCAAUGAGUAUUUGGGAGCGGUGGAAAGGAAGCCACGUCUGGAUGAUUUGGAAAAGGAAUAUAUGGGAUUGUUUUCGCACACCAAGGAUGAGGUGGAUAAUUUGCAACAGGACUAUGACAUUAUGGAAAUGGCAUACAACGAUUACAAUACUAUGGUGGAGGAUAUGAGAGAAACAAAACAUCUUUUAAAUUGUGAAUUUAGCCGCUUGGAAGAGCGUUUUAAUACGUUGAAAAACAAAGAAAAAGACUUAUUGUCACAAUGCCAGGCAAAGGCCAAACAACUGGAAGACAUGGAAAUGGAAAAUCAUAAAAAAUGUGAAGAGGUCUUGAAGACAUUUUCAAAAAUGCAAUCCCCACCUUUGUUCAUGCACCAGCUGCCUUUGGAUCAAUACUUUUUGAAGUGUGAAUCAUUUACCCAAUACUUUUCCCUUUAUAUUAAGGAAAAUUUCAAAAUCCAAGAAUUUAUCGAACUCGAAACAAGUCUAACAGAAAACCAAGAAACGAUCGAGAAAUUGGGGAAAUUAAAGAAAGGCAUUGAACAAUAUACUCUAGCCUAUGUAAUGGAAAAGGCCAAAAGUCAUGCCCUGAGAUGUGCCAUUGAUGCCUUGAAUCUCACACAAAUCCAUGUCAUCAGUCUUUCCGAUAUGGAAAGAGAAACUCAUGAAUUGGCUCAGGCCAAAUCUCGUUUGGAAAUUGCCCAUCAAACGUUAAUGGUUGAUCUACAACACCAGGUGCAGCAGAAGGCUCAACAAACUGUCGAGUUGAUACUCUAUGAAAAUACAAAACAAAAAUUGGAGAGGGCACUAAAACGCCACGAAAAUGAUCGUAAUCUUAGAAAAAUUAUUUCCGAAGCAUUGUCUAAUGCUGAGCUAAUAUGGAUGACCAUACAAAUGGAUAUGGAAAAGAAACGUAAUCGUUUCGACAAUACAGAACAAUUAACCAGUGAUUCACAACGCUGUGCCAUGCGUAUACAAUAUAUGAAAAAUUCCCAAUCUCAAGGUUUAACAACUGAAUUUAUCCAGCAACUGAGCCAAAUGUUGGCUCAACAUUUGCAACAGCAGCUACGUUGUGAGGUGAAGGCAUGCCUCUAUGAGUAUGAAAAGUUUAAACGUUUAAUGGCUUAUGCACUACAAGGAUUAUUGAAUCGUAAACCAUAUUCUUCGGCCAUGGAAAAGUUUAAAGAAAUUAAUCGCAUUGAAAGCAUUUUACGUCCUUUUGUUUAUGACAGUCCGGUUAAUGCCCCCAUGUUUGAAAAUGUCCACUAUUUAAGACCAAUUUUUAAUGUUAAAACUCAACAAUAUCGUAUCGAGAAACAUUUAAGGCAAUUACGUACAGAAUUUCAUGAGAAUGUAACCGAACGUUUGGAAAAGGACAAAUUGUGGCGUUAUAGCCAAUUGCUGUGGAUCUGGUUUUUAACCGAGCCGCGUCGUGUCUUACAUGCCAUUGAAGAAGCCAAAAAGGCAGCCGCAAAAGUUCCCCAAAUGACUGGCAUUAAAACCUUGGGUGGCAUAAAACGUAAAUAAAAUCGAUAAAAGAAAGCAAAAAUGGAAAUGCAAUUUUAAUUAAAUAUUUAUAUUAUUACUACAAUUCUUAAAAUCUUCCGGUUUAUAAUUGUUAAGACUAGUGUUCAAUUGUUUAAGUCUAAAAAUAAAGAAUAUUUAAAAUGACUUUAGCUAACAGCAAGUAAUCAAA